UGAAAAUGUUCAUCGACUACAACUUCUCUUUUGCCAGAAUUGCAGGCUUGUUAGCUUUGUUAUCUUUCUUCUAUUAUCUAUGGAUCUCAAUUUUAAGGUUGCCAAGGAAUACGAAACUAUCAUCAGUAUCACCACCCGAAGUUGCAGGUGCAUGGCCUAUAUUAGGCCAUCUUCCUCAGCUACUAACAUCAAGACCUCUGUUCAAAAUCCUUUCAGACAUGUCUGACAUUUAUGGACCUAUCUUCGUGGUAAGGUUUGGUAUGCAUCCAACGGUUGUUGUAAGCAGUUGGGAGAUGGCUAAAGAGUGCUUCACCACCAACGACAAGUUCCUCGCUGGCCGCCCAUCGGGUGCUGCCAACAAGAACCUCACUUUUGGCCUGUUUGGUUUUUCUACAUAUGGUCCUUACUGGCGAGAGCUCCGUAGGAUCUCUACCAUCCAUUUGCUCUCACAUAGGCGUGUGGAGCUUUUCAAGCAUGUUCCUUAUUUGGAGAUUGGAAACUUCAUGAAACACUUGCACCGGUGCUGGAUGAAAAGCCAAAAUCCAAUAAAACAAAAUGACGCAGCAGCUGGUUCAGUUAAAGUCGACAUGAGCCAAGUAUUUGGAGAGCUAACUUUGAAUGUGGUGUUGAAUUUAGUUGCUGGAAAACCGAUUUUUUUCAAGGAUAACAAUCAUGAAUCCAAAGAUGGUCCUAACAAAGAGGAAGAAGAAGGUCAAAAGCUCCAUAAGACCAUCAUAGAAUUCUUCGAACUAGCAGGAACUUCGGUUGCAUCUGAUGAUCUUCCAUUCCUUGGGUGGCUGGAUAUGGAUGGAAAAAAGAAACGCAUGAAAAAGGUAGCCAAUGAUAUGGAUUUAAUUGUUGCAAAGUGGCUUGAAGAGCGUAGGCACCAAAGAAGACAGAUGAUACCAUCAAGCUCAGCAGCGGGAGAAUAUAAUCAUGAGAAUGCGAAGGAUUUCAUGCACAUACCAAUGGUCACUUGUAAAGAUUUUCAAAAUAAAAUUCAUGCAGUGAUAACAGCUGCCUCAGAUACCACGUCACUUACAUUAACAUGGGCUCUCGCGCUACUAAUCACUAAUCCUAGUGUCUUAAAAAAGGCUCAGGAUGAGCUUGACACCAAAGUAGGCAAGGACCGAAACGUAGAGGAACACGAUGUCAAUGAUCUUGUCUACCUCCAAGCAGUUGUUAAGGAGACACUCCGGAUGUACGCUGCCGCCCCACUUGACGUACCCCAUGAAGCUAUCGCAGACUGCAAGAUUGGUGGGUAUGAAGUGAGAGCAGGAACACGUUUGGUGGUCAACCUAUGGAAGCUGCACCGUGAUCCUCGAGUGUGGUCAAACCCGUCAGAGUUCAAGCCGGAGAGGUUUCUUUCACAGCUCGAUGGUGGUUCUGGUGGUGAGGCAGCAAACUUGGACUUCAGAGGUCAAGACUUUGAGUAUCUACCAUUUAGUUCGGGAAGAAGGAUAUGUCCAGGGAUCGACUUCGCCAUCCAAACGGUUCAUAUGGCACUUGCUCGCCUGCUUCAUGAGUUUGAUUUCAACAAUGACUCGGAAGGACUUGUAAUAGACAUGACGGAAGGUUCAGGUUUAACUAUGCCCAAGUUAACCCCACUAGAGAUUUACCUCUGCCCACGCCUCCCAGCCAAACUUUAUUAAAAGUAGCAGCCAGGAUGUGAGUGUCUUCUUAUAUUCUCUAUUCCAAACAAAAAGAUCACUCGAUCAA